CCUGCGGCUGCGGGAUCCCGGCAGCCGCGCGCAUGCCUGCCCCACCUCUGGCCAUCCUCUCCUUAACUGCACUGCUCACUCUGCUCCUGUGACCUGUGCUUCUUCCGGCGGCUUCUGCUAGCAGCCAGCGCCCAGCGGCGGCCGUACGUCGUCAAUGGCGAGGCGCGAGCUGCUCCUCGCGCUGCUGUGCGGCCUCAUCGCGGCCUCCGCGCAGCUGGCCACUGCCGGCGCCGGCGCGAGGAAGAUGGUCGGCGUUUACGAGCUCAGGAAGGGGGAUUUCUCCGUGAAGGUCACCAACUUCGGCGCCAGGGUCAUGUCCAUCGUCUUCCCCGACUCCAAAGGGAAUUUGGCGGAUGUCGUCCUCGGCAUGGACACCAUCGCUGAAUACGUUAACGACGCCUCCUACUUCGGGCCGAUAACGGGGCGCAUCGCGCAGAGGGUUGCCCGGGGCCGGUUCGUCCUCGACGGCAAAGUCUACCACAUGUACAAAAACGACGGCAACAACACAAUUCACGGUGGUGGCAGAGGGUUCAGCAAGAGCAUUUGGACGGUGAAGGAGUACGUCGGCGGCGGCGACUCCCCGUACAUCACCUUCUACUACCGCAGCUUCGACGGCGAGGAAGGUCUUCCUGGGAACGUGGACGCGUACGUGACGUACCGCAUGUCGGGCCCGUACACGCUGGGGGUGCACAUGAACGGGACGGCGCUGGACAAGGCGACGCCCGUGAACUUCCUGCUGCACGCGUACUGGAACCUGGGCGGGCACGGCAGCGGCGACGUCCUGGGCCACACGCUCCGGCUCCACGCGUCGCGGCACGCCGUGCUGGACGAGGAGCUCCUCCCGUCGUCGGGCCGCAUCGAGCCCGUCGCCGGAACGCCGUUGGACUUCCGGACGCCGGUGGCGAUCGGGGCGCGCAUCCGCCGGGUCACGAGCGGCAAAGUCAUCGGGUACGAUACCAACUACAUCAUCGACGGGGAAGGGAUGCGGCCGGUGGCGCACGCCCGGGACGGCGCCUCCGGCAGGGCCCUGGAGCUGUGGGCGAACCAGCCGACCAUGCAGCUCUACACGGGGAACUACCUCAACCACAUCAAGGGGAAGGACGGUAAGGUGUACGAGAAGCACGGCGGGUUCUGCCUGGAGACGAUGGGGUACGUGGACGCCGUGAACCACCCCGAGUUCCCGUCGCAGACCCUCAGGCCCGGUCAGGUGUACAAGCACGACAUGGUCUUCAAGUUCUCGUUCUAGCUGUGUGGUUGCCCUUGGUGUGUGCUGUGCCUGUGCGCAAGCACGAUGUAAAUCAGCUGGUCAUUGAUGCUUGGAGGGAAUAUAAUAAGGGUAACGAUGCUAUCUUAUCUGUCUAUUACUAAUUGUAAUCAUCACGAGAUCAGAUGCGCUAAAAAGUAGAGUGAACUUGGGGGCGGUGGUUGCCUGGCGCAUCCGGAUCUGUGGGGGGCGGCGUCGGUGGUGGUGGAUCUGGCUCAGGGAGGUGGGGCAAGUUGGCCGUCGCCAUGGGAGUCGCCUCCCUCGAGGAGGGGAGGGGGGGCAUGCUGCGCCAGGGUCCCCAAGUCGCAAUAUUUUUAUAUGUGACAUGUUAUAAAUACCUUUUAGAUUGUUUGGUA